AUGGCGGACGUGAGUGAUCCCAGCGAGCUCUUCGACUUGGAGCUCCACGACCUGGAGCUGCAGGAUGACAAGGCCCGCGACUCCGACGACGACAGGAUCGAGCUGGACGACGUUGACCUAGAACCGGAAUUGAGCAAUCUGCACCAAGACACUGAAGGCCAGGAGACCAUACAGCUCUGCGAGGAGAAUGUUAAUCCGGGCAAAAUCAAGCUGGGACCCAAGGACUUUGAGCUCAAGAAGGUCCUCGGUAAAGGUGGUUACGGCAAAGUAUUUCAGGUGCGCAAAACCGCUGGACGAGAUGCCAACAAAUAUUUUGCCAUGAAGGUGCUCAAAAAGGCAUCCAUUGUAACCAACCAAAAGGACACAGCGCACACUCGCGCCGAGCGCAAUAUACUCGAGGCAGUCAAGCAUCCCUUCAUAGUGGAACUGGUCUAUGCCUUCCAGACGGACGGAAAAUUAUACCUUAUUCUUGAGUAUCUGAGCGGCGGCGAGCUGUUUAUGCAUUUGGAACGCGAGGGCAUCUUCUUGGAAGAUACAACAUGCUUCUAUCUAAGCGAAAUCAUUUUGGCUUUGGGCCAUCUACACAAACUGGGCAUCAUCUAUCGCGAUCUGAAGCCCGAGAACAUAUUACUCGAUGCACAGGGACACGUGAAGCUUACCGACUUCGGCCUGUGCAAGGAGCACAUACAAGAGGGUAUUGUCACCCACACCUUCUGCGGCACAAUUGAGUACAUGGCACCUGAAAUCUUGACCAGAAGUGGCCAUGGCAAAGCAGUCGACUGGUGGUCACUGGGCGCUCUCAUGUUCGACAUGCUCACAGGAGUCCCACCCUUCACCGCCGAGAAUCGCAAGAAGACCAUCGAGACCAUUCUGAAAGCCAAGCUCAAUCUGCCAGCCUACCUCACACCCGAAGCCAGGGAUCUAGUGCGUCGCCUGAUGAAGCGUCAGGAGCCCCAGCGACUUGGCAGCGGGCCCGAGGAUGCGGCGGCUGUCCAAAUACACCCGUUCUUCAAGCACGUCAACUGGGACGAUGUGCUCGCCAGACGCCUCGAACCUCCUAUAAAACCUCUCUUGAGAAGCGAGGAUGAUGUCUCACAGUUCGAUACGAGAUUUACAAGACAAAUUCCAGUGGAUUCACCGGAUGAUACGACGCUCAGCGAAAGUGCCAAUUUAAUUUUCCAAGGUUUCACCUACGUAGCGCCCUCGAUACUGGAGGACAUGCAUCGAGCCAACCGGAUGCCGGCACGCUCCCCUCGACGUGCCCCUCGCCAGCUGCCGGAUAGCAGCUUCCGGCUACAGUUCCCAUCGGCCAACGUGGGAGCCAAUGCUCCCAUGGCCAUGCACGGUCAUCCACAGCGAUCCGGAAUGUUUGCCCGAGCCACGCCGCCGCAUCAUAUGCAGACAUUCGCGCCACGCCCCUCGCCAGCGCAGGAUGAGAUGAUGGACGUGCAGCAGGGUCUGCCGAUGGUCUAAGGGCUGGAGCGGUCGCUUCCCAACCAUCCCAUCCCGUCCCAUCCCAACACCACCCCGCUUCCUUCCCAAAACAAAAAAAAAACAAAAAACAGAAAUUGACAGUUACUAUUAUGACGUAUGUGGAGUGUGGACUUGGUUAAGGAUUCGGAAUGAGCAGGACGAUCACCAGGAGGAGAUGGCGGAGCAGCAGGAGGAGGAGCACAUGACCUUAGUGUGCAAGUUGUUUUUGUUAAAGAGAAGCGCGCACGGAUCGUGCUGUUGAAUGAUUAUGAUAAUGAGAGUGCCGAGGCAGAUUAUGAAGAUGAUUGUGCUACGCCAAGGAGAGCGUUCGUUUUUGGAUACACCUAGAUACUAAAGUUAGAGACAUCCACAUAAGCAUAUGCUAUAGCAAUUACUAUGUAUACACCUAGAGAGAUGGUAGGCGAGAUCGCAACCCGGGCCCGUUUCCCCCCAACCCCAAACUUAUCCGUGUUUAUGUAUAAAUAUUAUACUUACACUUAUGUUUUAUAUAGGCAAAAAGGUAAGGUUUACACAAUUUAGUUCAAAUGUACACGCAACACUUUAUUUUCUUUUUACACUUAUUUAACUCCAAUCGAAACAGACAGCAGACCAUUUAUAUUACGAAGAAAGUUCUGUAUUUGCGAGAUAGCUCUAUAUAUAUUAAUAUACAAAUGAAGCGUGUGAGUUGGUGGUUCGGAAAUUUAGCUUCAGCCACAACUACAUUAAUCAAGUAUAAUUACUCUGGCUAGCAACGUUCUUUGAAGCUUAUUUUUUUUAUAGUUGUUUUCCAAUUGGUUUUGUCAUUUCGAACACCUUCGGUAGGCAUGUAGUGACGUUAGUUUUUAGGGACAACAGCAGCGUAGCCAACAACACAAACUUAAAUGAAAUGUAAAUUAUAAACUAAACUAGAACAUUAAAGAAUAAACUAUAAAUUAAAAUAUAUAAAGUAAUGUAAAGGUUUCCCAGCUCGAUUAUAAAAAGUGACCCGACCUUGGGCCUAACUUGCUCGCAUAGCCAAUUUGUAUUCAAUAACCACCCCCAGAAGAAUUCUCCCUCUUUCAUAGUCAGCCCCAAGAAUUGGUCUAAUUCGAUUUCGGUUGCAUUUCUGGAUUCAAGCUAGUAAAAAGGAACAAAAUAAUACCGUGUACUGAGAAGCUAAACGCUGCCACAACAAUAAACCCAAAAAGGGGAGAUAUAAAAAUGUAUACAAUCGAUUACGUACUUUGAUUAUAUUCCGUUUCAGUCUGAAUCAUAUUUUUUUGUAUUUGCCUAAGGAAUGAGAAAAUAGAAAAAGAAAAUCUUCACAGAAAAUAAAAAGCAAAAAUUAAGAUGUCAAAUAUAAUCAAAAGGUGCUUUGAAUUGUUUAAAAAGACAAGACAACUACAGAAAAAACGGAAAUAAAACGGAAUAGAAAACAUGAAAAACUAUUGUGUAUAAAGAAUAUUUAUAUAAACAAAAAAUAAAUACCUCAAAAGCAAUUAUUUUUGUUACAAGCAGCUAAAAAGUGUGCGAUGCAAAUAAAGAACUUAACGAAAUGAUAACUACCAACUAAAGUACAGAAAGAAAAAACUAUUAACAAAAUAAAUCGAGAAAUUAGGAAACAGAAUAUAUAAAAACAUAUA